CCUCAACCCCGACCUAGCCCCCACCCACUCCACCAUCCCAACAAUGGACAUCAGCACCCCCGAAAAACGACACACCUACCGCACCUUCCUCUCCACGCUCUUCACCCUUGAAAACACCCUCAAAGGCCACGAAUCCACCAUCACCUACAAAGAAGUAGAAAUCCCGGGCCCGACGGGCCCUCUCCUUGCCACCAUUUUCAGCCCGAAACACCCCCGCACCGACAUUUCCACCAUCCCCGGAAUCCUGCACAUGCACGGCGGGGGCCACUCAACCGGAAACCGUUUCAUGGGAUUCACUGUUCUCGAAUGGGUCGAGAAACUCGGUGCCGUGUGCAUGACAGCCGAGUAUCGGCUCGCGCCGGAACACCCGCAACCUGCGCAAUUGGAGGAUAGCUUUUCUGCGUUGAGGUGGAUGAGCGAGCACGCGGAGGAAUUGGGGUUUAAUGCCGAUAAAUUGGUGGUGUGUGGGGGUUCUGCGGGCGGGAAUUUGGCUGCUGGAGUGACGUUGUUGGCGAGGGAUCGGGCCGGGCCGGCGAUUCGCGGCCAGGUGUUGAUGUAUCCGUGGGUGGAUGAUGGGGUGGAGGGGUGUUCGAUGGAGCAGUUUGGGGAUAUUGCGCCGUUGACAAGGGCGGAUGCGGCGCAGGCGAGUGAUUUUGCGUUUGGGAUGGAGAGGGAGUUUGCGGAUAUGUAUACGGUGCCGUUGAGGGCGGAGAGUUUUAGGGGGUUGCCGGCGACGUUUAUUGAUGUUGGGGAGGCAGAUGUGUUCCGUGAUCAGGAUUUGAAGUAUGCGGCGGCGUUGUGGAGGGAUGGGGUGUCGACGGAGUUGCAUGUUUGGCCGGGGAGUUGGCAUGGGUUUGAUGUUUUUGUGCCGGAGGCGGAGGUUAGUAGGAGGGCGAGGGCGGCGAGGUUGGAGUGGUUGAGGAGGUUGUUGGAUGUUCCCGAGGGGUUUUAGUGAGUUGAGAGGGAUGGGUGUUUUGUUUUGAUUGUUAAUAGAUUGUUGGUAUGUAUGUAUUUUGAAU